UCUCAUGGCUUUUGCAGUGCAGAGAUCACGGAGAAAAGAAAACUUUCCUUCCUCCGUGGCAGAGAUCGUGCCGCUAUGUGCGGCAUGUGUUUCGUUGUAUGCCGCAAUUCCUGCACACCGUGGUGGCGUUCAACGUUUCCGUAAUGAAUCGUACGCACAACGAUCCAAUGCUUUUUAAGCAGCAUUCUAGAGAGACCACGUGGUGACGGCGUAAACAAAAAUGGCUUGGCUCUUCGGAAGCGGCGAGCAAGAGUUGUCGCGUGACAAGCUCAACGCGCCGAUCAGCGAUAUCUCCGAGAAAUGGAAGCUGCUGCCUGCUUUCCUCAAGAUCAACGGGUUGGUGCGGCACCAUAUCGACUCUUUCAACCACUUCAUCAACGUAGAGCUCAAGGAGAUCAUGCGCGCCAACGAGCGCGUCACGAGCGAUGCGGACCCAAACUUCUACCUAAAGUAUCUGGACAUUCGCGUAGGUGAGCCCAACAUCGAGGAAGACUUCACUGUGGGACGUCGUACGACGCCUCACGAGUGUCGGCUGAGAGACAUUACGUACUCGGCGCCGAUCGUGGUCGACAUCGAGUACACCCGGGGCCAGGAGCGCGUCCAGCGAACAGAUUUCCCCAUCGGCCGCAUGCCCAUAAUGCUGCGUAGCGCAAACUGCGUGCUGGCAAAUAAGACGCACUUCGAGAUGUCCAAGCUGAACGAGUGCCCGUAUGAUCCCGGCGGCUACUUCGUGGUGAACGGCGUCGAGCGCGUCAUACUGAUGCAGGAGCAGCUCUCCAAGAACCGCAUGAUCGUCGAGGAGGACCGCAAGAGCGGAAUCAUGUGCCAGGUGACGAGUUCCACACAUGAGCGCAAAAGUCGCACUGUGGUCGGAGUCAAGCACGGUCGCUACGUCCUCAAGCACAACUGCUACACGGAGGACAUUCCUAUCAUCAUCGUGUUCAAGGCCAUGGGCCUGGAGUGCGAUCAGCUCAUUGUGCAGAUGAUUGGCACCUCUGACGUCGUUCAGUCCGCCAUAGCCCCAUCACUAGAGGAGUGCCAUCGUGCUGAGGUGUUCACACAGACACAAGCCCUUCAGUAUCUUGGCAGCAAGCUCAAACACCGACGAAUGUUCUUCGCUGGAGGGACCGGUGGAGGCGGCGGUCAGCGCAAGUCCGUCGUCGACGACGCUAGGGACAUCCUCGCUACCACGGUGCUGGCACACGUUCCGGUGGAAGACUUUAACUUCCGCAUCAAGUGCUUCUACCUUGCCAUCAUGGUGAGGAGAGUUAUCGAUGCCCAUUCCAACAAGGCGUUGCUCGACGACCGCGACUAUUACGGCAACAAGAGGCUCGAGCUUGCCGGUUCACUGCUGUCACUCCUUUUUGAAGACCUCUUCAAGCGUUUCAAUUCGGAGCUCAAGAUGGUUGCUGACAAGCACAUCCCCAAGGUGCGGGCAACGCAGUUUGACGUGAUAACUUACAUCCGGCAGGACUUGAUCACGCAUGGACUGUGCAUGUCCAUUUCAACUGGAAACUGGACUGUCAAGCGGUUCAAGAUGGAACGCGUUGGCGUCACUCAGGUCCUUACAAGACUCUCCUACAUCUCAGCUCUUGGCAUGAUGACAAGGGUCAACAGCCAGUUUGAGAAAACUCGAAAAGUGUCUGGUCCUCGUUCACUUCAGCCGUCACAGUUUGGCAUGCUCUGCCCCAGUGACACUCCCGAAGGCGAGGCCUGUGGUCUGGUCAAGAACCUUGCACUCAUGACCCACAUCACCACUGACAUAGAUGAGGCCUUCAUAGCGCGGAUGUUGCGAAACCUUGGUGUGGAAGACUUGCAACUCCUAAACGGUGAAGAGCUCUCUGACCCAUCAGUGUACCUAGUGUUUCUCAAUGGCAACAUACAGGGUGUCAUCCAAGACCAUGUGCGUCUUCUGAAGACACUCCGCCUGCUUCGUAGAUCGGGCUACCUGUCGGAGUUUAUCUCCCUCCACACUAGCCACUUGCAGCGUUGUGUGUACGUCUCAGCUGAUGGUGGCCGCAUGUGCCGACCAUACAUCAUCGUUGAGAAGGGGCGCCCCAAGUUAACCAAUACUCACAUCGAAGAUCUCACCAGGGGUUUUCUGUUCUUCAACGACCUCGUUCGCAGGGGCAUCGUUGAGUUCCUCGAUGUCAACGAGGAGAAUGACAGCCACAUUGCGCUCCGUGAGCAGGACAUAACCUCGCAGACGACGCACCUCGAGAUCGAAGCCUUCAGUCUACUUGGAGUUUGCGCAGGUAUCAUUCCGUACCCACACCACAAUCAGUCUCCACGAAACACGUACCAGUGUGCCAUGGGAAAGCAGGCGAUGGGUACCAUCGGCCUCAACCAACGGAACAGGAUGGACUCCCUAAUGUACCUCCUGGUCUACCCGCAUCGGCCAAUGGUCAAAACGAAGACCAUCGAACUGAUCAACUUCGAAGACCUGCCAGCCGGCCAAAAUGCAAUCGUGGCUGUGGUGAGCUACAGCGGAUACGAUAUCGAGGACGCCAUCGUUAUGAACCGGUCGUCAAUUGACCGUGGCUUUGGGCGUUGUCAGGUGUACAGGACGCAGAAGUGCGUCAUUAAGAAGUACGCCAACCAGACCAGCGACAAGAUCAUGGGACCGCUCGUAGACAGUACCAACAUGAUGCCGGUGUGGAAGCAUGAGGCCCUGGAUGCCGAUGGUAUUGCGCGCCCUGGUUCCCGAGUCGAGAAUCGCCAGGUUUUAAUUAACAAGUGGGUUCCGGCAGCCACUGCCAGUGUACCCCAGCCUGGUGAGCCAACGCAAGCGGAGCACAAAGAGGUUCCUGUUACAUACAAAGGCCUGGAACCGGUGUAUGCGGAGAAAGUGCUUAUCACAUCCAACACAGAGGAGUCGUUCCUGAUGAAGCUGCUGCUGCGGCAGACACGUCGUCCUGAGAUAGGUGACAAGUUCAGCAGUCGCCACGGCCAGAAAGGCGUGGUAGGCCUCAUUGCGCAACAGGAGGACUUGCCAUUCAACGAUCAAGGCAUAUGUCCCGACCUUAUCAUGAACCCGCACGGCUUCCCUUCCCGUAUGACGGUCGGCAAGCUCAUCGAACUGCUGGCGGGAAAGGCGGGUGUCCUCCAGGGCAAGUUCCACUACGGCACAGCCUUCGGCGGAUCUAAGGUGAAGGACGUGGGUGAGGAGCUGAUUCAGCGUGGCUUCAACUACCUGGGCAAGGACUGCCUCACAUCUGGCAUAACGGGGGAGCUCCUGCAGGCGUACAUCUACAUGGGCCCCAUCUACUACCAGAAGCUCAAGCACAUGGUUAUGGACAAGGUGCACGCCCGGGCACGGGGUCCUCGUGCCGUGCUCACUCGACAGCCCACCGAGGGUCGGUCACGCGAAGGCGGACUGCGGCUGGGCGAGAUGGAGCGAGACUGCCUCAUUGGACAUGGUGCCAGCAUGCUGCUUCUAGAGAGACUGAUGUUGUCCAGCGAUGCCUGCGAAGUGGACGUCUGCCGAACGUGCGGCCUCCUAGCCUACUCGCACUGGUGCCACUACUGCCGCUCGUCGAGUGCCAUCGCAACCCUGCGCAUUCCGUACGCGUGCAAGCUGCUGUUCCAGGAGCUGAUGUCCAUGAACAUCUUCCCACGGCUGGAGCUCACCAGCCACUGCAGUAGCCGGAGCUUUGCAUCGACCAAGCAUUGAGGAUGGAACCUGUCAUGCAGCUGUGUGUUCACGGUUCAAGUGCUCGCGACUGGCUGUCUUCAUACGACCAGCCUUCUUCGUGCGACUGGCCGUACCAAGCACUAUUACUGUGCACUCACUCUCAGAUGUGCUCUGCCCAUACUACUGAUGCCUGCUUCCAGCUCAAGAAACUUUUGUACUGCCUUCGCCUCAAGAUGGUUGCUCUUCCAGUGACGUAGGAAGUUGCAAGAUGCUGUGAUUCUUUUACACUUUCUCUGGCAAAAUGUUCAAUCUACGGCACAGGAUUUGUAGAGGCUCAUCUGACAAUCACACAUGGGAACAGCAACCAAAAAAUGCAGUGCUGCAAGUUAUUUUGUCGUAUGCUAGGUAAAGAACUGUGCGCAGCACGGAGGAGAGACACUGUUCCGACAGAAUGGAUGUAAAAAAUGAGACUCGGGUUGGACAAGCUAAUUAGCUUGCUUAGUGUGUGGCACAUUGAAUCCCACGCCAAUAAUUUGCAAAAAUUGCUGCAAGUGCCACCACUAAACAUGUCUUAAAGUUGUGACACCACCUAGCAAUUACCGAAUGUAGAUAGUGACACAACUAAUUAAAGUCAUCGCGCUCUUCAAUUUUAAUAUUUUAGCGACAAUGAACGCAGAUGUUGGUGUUCAUUUUAGUAAUUUUUUUGUGUGUUGAAAGCAUUUUUUAAUCGAUUAUAGGGUACCCCAGCGGACGAUUAAAACAUGAUACACUCUUCCAGAGCGCUUCCCUUUAUCCUAUUGGCAGUUUUCUCCCUCUCGUACCGUUAUGCUAUAUUCCAUCACGGAGCAUGUACAAGAUUGCACCCCUGGUGAGACUUUUAUCUGUUUUUGAUCACUGCAAUGUGGCUUUGCGUGUAUGAUAGCAAUUGUGAGAUUCGUGUGGCUAUGAUAACCAUUGUGCGUGUGAGACAAGAAUGGUGUGUGCAAGCCUGGUUUAGAAGUAUUUACUUACGAAUAUUAUUUUAAAAUGAUAGGCAUUAGUUUACAUGCCACAAGUGCGAUGAUUUUUUGUUAUUUAGGCGUGACAAAUGGACAAUAAAGUGUGCCUGCUGUGCUUUAUAAGUGCGA